CGCCUUUGCCUGUUCGUCUUCGUGCACCGAACAAAAAGCGAGGCGGCUGACGAAGAAAGACCCCGAGGAGAGCAGAGCAGCAGGACUGCGACUUGCCGCUCAGCGCGCGGCGCGCUCCGUCGGCAUAGCGGCGGGAGAAAACAAAAACAAAACGGAAAGUAUCGAGCCGCAGCCGCUGCGCCUGGCGACGUCACCAACGCUUUACCGUGACGUCGCCGGGGGCGCUCCGCGCAACGUCACGGAUAAUGGCGCUCGCUCUUUUAGGAAAGUGUACUCAUGGCGUCCGGUGUAGCGUGUUUAGCGGCGGCUUUUAUUUAGGAGUACGGAUUCGUUUUUCGGUGUAAUUCGACGCGGCGUCCCCGUGCUAUCGACAUGCCGCUGUUCGGCAAAAAGGAUUCUCAACGAAAGAAGGACAAAGACAGUGUCAGUGUCGAGGAUAAAUAUGAGUUCAAGGAUCUGCUCGGAACUGGGGCAUUCUCCCAGGUUGUGCUUGCGGAGAGUAAGGACACCCCAGGAGUCAUGCAUGCUAUCAAGUGUAUCGACAAAAAGGCCCUCAAGGGAAAAGAGGACUCCCUCGAAAAUGAAAUCAAGGUUCUCAGAAGGUUGAAGCAUCCAAAUAUAGUCCAGCUUCUGGAAACAUAUGAGGACAAAAACAAAGUCUACCUCGUUAUGGAACUUGUUACAGGGGGUGAGCUAUUUGACCGCAUUGUAGAGAAGGGGAGCUACACAGAGAAGGACGCCAGUGACUUGAUACGGCAGAUUCUUGAAGCUGUAGACUACAUGCAUUCACAAGGGGUUGUCCAUAGAGACCUGAAGCCCGAAAACCUGCUGUACUAUAGUCCGGAUGAGGAGUCCAAGAUAAUGAUCAGCGAUUUCGGGCUUUCCAAGAUGGAAGACUCUGGAAUCAUGGCGACGGCAUGCGGAACCCCCGGAUACGUCGCUCCAGAGGUUCUAGCUCAGAAACCUUACGGAAAAGCUGUCGAUGUCUGGUCCAUAGGAGUUAUCGCCUAUAUUUUGCUUUGUGGCUACCCGCCAUUCUACGAUGAAAGUGACGCCAACUUGUUUGCUCAGAUAUUGAAAGGAGAGUUUGAGUUUGAUUCACCUUACUGGGAUGAAAUCUCGGACUCAGCGAAGGACUUCAUCAGGCAUCUAAUCUGCGUGGAUGUGGAGCGAAGAUACACCUGCAGACAGGCACUUGCCCACCCUUGGAUAUCUGGCAACACGGCCAGUGACAAGAACAUCCAUGGCUCCGUCAGUGAGCAGCUGAAGAAGAACUUCGCCAAGACCAAAUGGAGGCAAGCUUACAACGCAACAGCGGUAAUCCGGCAGAUGCGGAAGCUCGCCAUGAGCAGCACGGGGUCGUCCCAAGACGGCGGUGCCCCCGCGGAUGCGUCCACGAGCGGACGGCCCCUGGCAGCGGCAUCGUCCACAGCCGCGGUGCCCGCUAACUCCGAAUGAGUCUCCUCCUCUCCACCGGCCACACUCUCUCUCUCUCUCAUUCCAGACUGCUGUCACCGUCUCACGUUCACUCUCGUCGGCCCUUUUCCACUUCAUGGUUCCACAUUGUGUUAUUUGCCACAUUUGACUGUUUUCUUCGCAUCUCAUGUGUGUGCGCGUACAAGAAGUUGAGUGAAUGCUGCUCUCGGUUCAUACUUGUCACGCAUGUAUUCUUGUCACGCGGAUUGUUCUUGCAUUACAUCGGCCUUUGCGGAACCUGACCAGUGGUGUGGAGUGUAGCCUAAAGGGGCCCUGCAAUUCACUGAAGCAGCUGUUUCUUUGCAUCCUCAACCCUUAUACCGCUCUAGUUACUUAAAAAGAGCAUCGAAUUGGACUUGGUGCAGCAGGUGCUGUGCCUUGCAAUACUUGUGGCGUUGACUUGGCUGUUGUUGGAACUUUUUUGACAGCGUAGCUACAAAUGUGCUGCGAUCUCCAUUGAAGAGUAGACUCGGCAGUGGUGGCUGUCACCUCGGCUGUGCACCUGCACAAGUGACGUGUUGACAAAAGAUAGCGACGAAGUGAAAUGCAGGGGAAGGGCAAACGCAAUGCUUUGCAGGGCCCCUUUAAGUACAGGGUGGUUCAGUAUAAAAGAAACUACUAAUUGAUAUUUAAUCAACCAUUACUGCACCGGUGUCUGCUCAGACCUUGUUUGCUGAUACUUGCUAAAUAUUUCUCCUGGUGAACAAUCUGUCCUGAAGAAGUAUCAUUUUUUAAUUCUAGGGUAAAAACCGAGCGAAGAAGGCAGUCAUGAACACAAACUAAUGUGUGUCGCCUUUCAUAAUGAUUCCUCGUUGUGCAGUCGCUGUCAAAAGGUUACAGACCAUGAGAUCUGAGAAAACACUGAAUUUCCAAGUGGUUUGUGACCAUAGCCAGCAAAACCAUUCAACACCAUGUUGGCGUACUAGUGCAGGCCAGGGAACUCCGAAUAUCGCGCAGCGGAAAUAUUCAGCUUUCUUUAGGUUCCGCAGUCCGUAAGCUUUUGACGUCGACUGUAAAUAAUAUAUGUGCACUUCACCAUGGAUCCCUACUGUUAUUCACCUUUUCGAAGCAUAUUAUAGUAUUUUGUUUUUUGACGGCCGCCCUGAAUGGUGAGAUUUGCUAUGACUGACUGCUGUGGUUUCAGAUGACAACUCGCUUGUUGCUUAAAGGGGAAUACUAGGUCAAACUAGAUUGUUAGCAUACAUUUUCGUAAUUGCAGGUAAGUAAGUCUCGCUAUGAUGGGAGGCCUGCUAAGUGAGAAAUUACAGCAAAAGAAAUCGUUCACAUUUGUAUGCUAAUCUGACAACUGAUGCCUCAAAGUCAGUGACGCGGUGUUCGGAGACACUGGAGGUCUGUUUGCUGGCCCGCAGCCUCGCUCGAAUGUAUCAGCAGUUGCUGCGGUGUUCAAGCACAGUUGUGGCUGGCUGUUCUUAAUGAUAGAUUCCAUGCUGACUGCACUGCAAUACCAGAGCGACAGCUUUCACCGCUGCAGCCAUACGAACUCCUACCUGACCUCCAAUGUGGAGCUAGUGCUACGGAUUAGAAAUUAUGGAUAAAAAAAUUACGGAUUCCCGGUUAAAAGCACUGUGCACAUAAGGUGUGGCCCUGAAUGUCGUAAAAUAUACAAUUUCUUGACAGUUGACUAGUCUGAAUUACCAUCAUGAAUAAUGGUGGUGCAGGUGUGGUUUUGUAUGCACAUGACAUUUAUUUUCCCUCUAUUUGGAAGUUUGUGAUACUCCCCGGCAGAGAGAUUUCUCUUUUGUUGGACCACUCUUCUAGAAGCAAAUUGUGUCAUUGUUUUUACAUACAAAGAAUGCAGCAAAAGAAAAUAAGUGGCUAAAUACUAUAGCUUAGGCAUGAAUGAUAUGUAUGUUGCUUGUGAAUCCCUUUUUUUUUAAUACUCUCGAACACGCAAUUAUCAGAUUUCUUUGUCAUCUAUCUUUCACCUGUGUGCAUUCACAUCACCAUCACAAUGUUAUCCGCAUCUAGCCUGUGUCAAUUUUUAGGGGCUGCUUGAAAGGGGCCCUGAAAUGCCUUGUCAGCAGAUGUAAAAUAUGCAGUAGUGUUAGUUGGGGUGCAUCGUCCAAGGUGCAUUACAUGGAAUGAAAAGUUGUUCAAGAUGGAAAAUGAUGUGAGCGUAUUUAUUAGGGAGUCGACCGUUGCUCCUUCUAUUGCCAAAUGAGCCCUUCCUUACGUCUUUGUUGUCAUGCCUUGCUGCUGUUUUGUUUUUAGACUGUGUAUGACUCUCUCCUUGACUCAGGUGCAUUCUCUGAGUCAGCAUGGUUUUAACGUUUUCAUGGCAACCAGUCAGUCAUGGUAAUUAAAGAACCUGACCAGAGCAGCGCUGUUAGGCAUGUGCUGAAUUGAAGAAAAAGCAAAAGCCAUUACAGUUGAAAGUUGAUGUAAUGAACCCAAAUAUAACAAAUUAUUGGAUUAGUAAAGUAAAUCCGACAUUUUCUUGCCAAUGUUAGGUUAGCAUGUAAUGAAUACAUAUUUAUAAUGAAUAUUGCAUAUAAUGAAGGUAUUUUGGUGUUGGGUGAGGAUUUUUUUAUAAGGGAGCCUUGACUGUACCACAGCUUGUCACCUUCAGGCGCAGUUGAAAGUCCUUCAGAAUUGUCCCACCACUUUGGUCAGGCUUUUUCAAUGUAACAGAGCACGCACAUGCAUAGAGUUUCCUACAGAAGUUCCUAGAGGGAGCUCUGGCCCUGUGAUGUUUCAGCUACCAUGGGAAAGCCGGCUAGUUUAUGGAUUUGUCUAAUCUUUUUUCUUGUGUCUUCAGACAUUCUUGUGGUGUUAUUUAUUACGCUUUUCGAAAUUUCCGAGGAACCACGUUUUUCUAAAUGUGUGAACACAAUAAGUUUCUGCGCAUGUGCACGACCAUAGCGUGUUGUCUCUUAUGUAAAACAAUAUCUGGCUGGAAACGACGAGCUUGCAAAGUCGCAAGCCGCUUGAAGCUAAGGGGAUGAAGUUUAGGCAAAUUUGUGCACUGCCAUGCUGGCUAAAGCACCAUACUUGUAGCUCUGUUAGACACUAGUGCCCGGGUUUCUCUUAGUCAUUUUUGUUGCAAACUCGCUGUGGGCAUGACUAGAACACCCUAAGGGACGCGAAGGCACUUGGAAAUUCUGUGAACAUUGGUCUGCCACAGCUUAACGCUGUAGUGCUUGUAAAAUGGUCAUUGAAAUAACUGCAGAAGCAGCAUAUGAAGGUCCGAUGCUUUGAAAUGAAAUUUAUCUGUGCCAGUGAGUGUUGGAGCCUUCUUGUUCGUUUUUUUUUUUGUUUUUUUGUAAGCUUCCCUUUUAUUGUUUUUAUGCCAUCCAGACUCUUUUCGGCUCCCGCUAUCUGCGGUGAUUAUUGUCAUUUCGCCACUUGUGUCAUGUUGUGCAACCACGAUGACCUGUGUUGUCACGGCCACAGAUGGAUGCUGUGUUGUUCAUAGUUGUUGGGAAAAAAGAAGUGAUAUCGACACUUAUUCUGCCCCUUUUUUAUUCACAAUUUAUACUGUCUGCAGUAUAAGAUCAUGUGACACUUGAUUAAGCUUAAUGGUUAAGCUCUUCGUUAUAGUAUCUAGUUUCAACUGUAAGAGCAAGCUGUCGUAGAUGGCUUUCCAGUGGGCUGGAGUCCCUCUUUAGAAAGAUUGAUAGGGGCCCUGAUUUUGUUGUUUGGUAGCACCGCUCAUAGGCUUUGGGCAAAAGCUAAGCAAAGAAAAUGAAGAACAAUCAAAUGGCUUACGGAUGCCUAUCAGCGUGUGUAGUUCCAAGUUUUCUGAGCCUUCGGCUGUGGCUCUUCCAAUUGCCAUCUCGUUUCCAUCUAAAACUCUUAAUAGCAUGACAUUUCAUAUUCAAAGCAAACAAAAUAAGCUCACCACGGAAUAUAGUCGCAGUUGCAUCAUCACAUUAGUUGCUGUAAAUUGGUACAGCACUUACCCUUUAAGGGAAACAUUGUCAUUCACCUGACAGUACCACGUAGCUACAAAGGAAAUCAAUCCGAAAGGAUUUUCUUUAAAACCCACAUUGAAUUUCCAUUGUAGCCACGUGCUGCUGUUGGGUAAAUGACAGUUUCUUUCCUUUCAUGAAAUCUCCACCAACAUGCAGAUUUCUGCAGAACUGAGUUGGUGUAUUCACUUUCUCUGCUCUUCGAGUUGUCGGUAGAUUUGGCCUCGCUCUACUAUCUGCUAGCUUCCCGGUUAGCUCAAAUGGUAGAGCAACUGCCCAGGAAAGGCAUUGGUCCUUGAUUCGAUUCCGGGAUCAGGAUGAAUUUUUCUUCUACUGCAAAGUCUUUUUUCUGAGAAAUCCCUAUGGGUUUCCUUUAUAGCUUCAUGCUACUGUUGGGCAGGUGACAAAUCUUUCCAUCCAUGAAACUUUCUCGUCCUCGUGGAAUUCCGCAGAACUAAUUUGCCAUGUUCGGUACUUUAUCUGUAAUCCAUGACUGUCCAUUAUGUGCGAUAGGGUUUCCAACACCCCUUCUCCCCCGAUUCCCCCACCUCAACAAAGGCAGGUUGAUGCACAACUUGCGUUUCUCCAAUGGAGAAACAUGCCUUUUCUUCCUCAUCGAGUUUAUUUUUAAAUUAUGCAUCAGCCAUCCACUUCUCUUUGGUGCAGUUACAGCCUCUCUUGUUGGUGCGAGAAUGUUCCCUUGCCGAAGUGAGUGAUUGCCAACAUCUUCAUCAUAGCCUCGUCAUAUUGACACCUGUCUCAACUUUUUUUUUUUCCUCUUCUGAGUGGAGAGGUGGCCGUCGUUUCUCUCGGACAAAUAGGGAGUCUAGCUUGGCAACAAUGUGAUAUGUGCCAAACAGGAAGCGCGUGCGGUGUGGAACACGUGUUCUCACAGCCGUGUUCCUUGGACGGACAGACGAACGGAGUCGACAGAGGGCUUGGAUGCCAGCCUUUGCAGGUUUCUAAGAAAACGUUGAGAAGGAAGAAGAGGAGCUUUUCGUCCCACGCUCGCGGUUUUCUUACGCACAUUUGCGCGCCAUUCUGCAUUUCUUCUUUUUCCUUUUUCCAUUGUAUAUUCUGAUUACGCUUCACUUGCAUCUCUAGCACACUCUGCAAAGCAUGUUCCGAUGAUUUCACCUUUGUGUGUGUCACUGAUGAUGUCCCGUUGCUUCUUCACGUGUUUCUUGCACGCGUGUAAAGAACACUCUCCAAAAACUGGUGUGGGCUUCAGGAGGAGGGUUCACUUGUUUUCCCUCGCAUGUGUUUCAGCAAUGUUUUACUGAAGUGGGUGGGACUCUGCGAGCUUGGCUCAUUAGAGCCCUCAUCAGAAAUUUGGUGUUGGAGUGUCUGAUAGCUAAACACGAAAAAAAAAAAAAAACAUGGAAAGGUCAGCUUUGGAAUUGCCUUUUUUUCUUUCUUUUGCUUGAAGUGUGCUUUCAUUUCCCGAGCCGCUUCGUUGCGGCUAAGCUUUCUUAGCUGCUUCUCGUUCAAAAAGUAUUCUUGUCUAGGCAUCCUGGACGGCUCUUUUGUUCUGGUGGCAGGCUUUUUUCUGUCUUAAGUGUUGCCACCCAUUGGGUAUCGGGUAGCCCACAAGCCCUUCGUUGUUCCACGAUGCCGCAGGUAUUUGUAGCGGCGGAGCAAGACAAGAAACUGUCGAUCACAAAACCUCGGGGAGCGCUCGCGUACGCCCUGGCAAAACGCAAGCGGCAUGCCGACCUUUUUAUGCAGCCCAUUCUUGUCGUCAAAACACCUGACACCACGCAGAGAUGUGUGAAUGACCCUAGCGAACACUUUGAGGGUGCCAACACUGCCGAUGCAGAAAAAAGAAAGAGACAGGUUGCAUCCUUUGACAUUAAAUUCCCUGUAAGCUGUUUGCUGUCUGGAUACAAUAUCUGGCUUCCAAGUCAAGCAGACUUCAAGUUGUGCUAUAAACUCCGAACAAUGCAGCAACUCUAUACAUGGCCCCUACAUGGCCUUUGUUGGAUGUGUCAGCACUGAUUUUACAUUCUACGUUGAACUUACAGAUGUUUUCAACAAAGUGAGUCAGGCAUAACUGCUGCUCGAACAAGCUCAGUAUUUCAGUAACUAGCAAUACAGAAGUUCUUCUAAACAGUACUACAUAGCGUUAGGGGUGUCGAGGAGGAUGUCCUAAAAUAAAAUCAUUUGAGUGGAGGGGGGAGUGGGGUUCUGAGAAGUAAAUGGACAAAUUGAAUGCAUGAAUAAUUGGGUAGACAAGUGAUGCUUGUCAUGUAUUGAGAAAGGAGUUUCAUAGUUAUGACUCAGUUGAAUUGUGCAGCGUAAGAACUGUCCUGUGAUCAUUUCAACUCUGAGAAAAAGUAAUGGAGGGUAGGCUAACAAGGAACACAUAAAAAAAAAACACAUUGAGAAAUCUUUUGGCAUGAGUUGAGAUAUUAAGUACACCAGAGAGAAGAUUAUCAUCAAAAAUCUAAAGAAAAAAAGCUGAAAGUUUGUAAAAGAAAUUGCAUAUGUUUUGUACAAAAAAAUUUCUCAUUUCCAGUUUUGAAAAUGGUGAAUGAGGUGUUUUUAAUGGUCAUAGGUACCUUAUUCCAAAGCCCUAUUGGUGAGGACAACAAACAGUUGUUGAAAAUGUGAAAAAUUCUUGCCAGUAAUGAAUGGAAUUGGCCCUCAGACCCUUGUUUUUCCUAUUUCUUUUUUCGCAUUUGAAGGGUGUUAUUUUGAUAUGCAAUUAAUAGGAAUUUUCUUUAUGCUCAUAAAGGCAACCAGAAGCUCGUAGAAGAUUCAUAGCUUGCGAGCAUUCCGAAAGCUUACUUUAAUAAAAGCGAAUAAACGGUGACCAAAGUAACGACCAAUUGCUUAGUUACCUUACGUAACUAAUUGCUUAGUUAUUUUUUGUAACUAAACAGGUUUCCCGUCCUGCAGGCAGAUAAAAGCUUUCCACCAGCUGCAAGGUGCUUGAUCAUUGCGGUAUAGUAUUAUAAUAACAGAUAACGCCUUACAAGUAAUAAGCAUAGUUAUGGUGGGUUGGGAAAUUAUAGCCUGUGUCGGCACCGUCAAAGUGUUGGCUCACUUCCCUCGAAGUAUAAUGUAUUCUACCAAGCGUACAAACUACUGCCACUAUGCACUAUUUCAGUAAGUUUAGGUGCAUUUCAUCUGAAUUGAACACAAAACAGGAUUAUCCUGAAUGUAGAUCUCCUUGCUUCCUACCGAUUAUUUGUACGCCUGUGUGCUACAAAGUAUGUUUCAGUUCUUACCGUAAAUUCACUGCAUUACCUGGGUCAAUUCAAAUUGGUGAGAAAUGGUUAGCAUCGUGUUUCCUUCAUUCUUACGUGUAUUUGUGUGUUCGUGAGUGCUUGCUUUCAGAAUAAUAAUAAAUAAAUAAAUAAAUAAAAAGUGGCAUGUACUGCUUUGCAGAGAAUUGUACAGCAAAUACCCAGCAGGUGAGGCGUACGACAACUCCUUCCCUUCUUUCCCACAUUGUACCAUACGUCUGUGCGAUGAUGUAAAUAACUUUCUUUCUGUUUCUCCUUAUUUUGUACAUGUUCAAUACUACGCUUUGAUAGGCGCUUUGAAGUUACAUUUGAUAGGACCCAUUAGCUUGUUGCAUAAAACCUCGCAUCUGUUAAUUUUUUUCUCUCUCAACCAUUUUUUUUUUUUUUGCAGCACUGCAUAAUAAUUAACUAGAUGGCAGAGACAGCUGUUGCGUGUUUUUUAAUUUUGUGCGCUACUGUACGCACAAUAUUAAUAGCUGGCCCUUGCUUAGCAUUGCCCCUUGGCUAAAGAAAUCCCAUAGCAAAGCAAUAAGUGUGCACCGUGUAAUUGACAUAGGCUUUGCGUGUUACAUAUGCUUUUGAUGUUGUAGCUGAACCCCCCAAAAUGAGAAAAAGUAUGAUGUGUAUGAUGCAGAUUAUGAUGCAGCGUACAAUGGAUACAUGCUGUACAUAAAAUGGUAUUAACGCUUGUCCUGCUCAAACAUGAUGACACGCCCAGUUUUUGCUUGGACAUUAUUUCUUGCUGAAGCUCUCAUUCUCUAUUUUUUUUCACAGAAAUUUUCUCAAGGCGCAAUGUUCUACCAUUUUCUCUCGUAGACCUUGAUUUUAUAUGCUAGCAUGCCAGUUGCUUGAAUAUGAAAAGGGAGCACUUGAUCCAUACUUAAGUAAUGAUUAGUGUCUCGCACGAGUUUUUACUCCUCAACUGCUGAGGAGCUAGCUAUCUUGUUUGAAGACCCUUGCCCUACGCGUUUCUUUCUUGGUUUCAACAAGGACCUAUGAUCAAGUGCUCCCCAUUUCAUAUUCGUCUCUGCUGCACACCGAGAAAAUAUUUCCAAUGUGCUCCUCAUCGAACCCGUGCUUUGCUGGUAACAUUUCAUUUGCAAAAUUAGCUGAAUGCCUCGUUCAGUUUUGCAAUGUGUAUGUAAGCUGUGCAAAUAUCACAUUUAAAUUUGGUCACAAAGCAUAUCCUACAUUGAGGAUCUAACUUGCCUUAAGGUGUUCAUAUUUUUAUUUAAGGUUGCAUUUUCUUGUUGCGAGGGUGACGCACUGCACCCGCGAGGCACAUGUGUUUUGAUUCACUAGUCAUGGGUUUACAGUGUGUACGACGCUCUGUAGGACAAGUAGCACUGUCCUUAUGGAAUCCCCUUAGUUCUUUUUUUUUUCUUUUUUUGUUUGCUGGACAAGAAAAGUGUACGUGAGAGGUGUGCAACUUGGUGUCGAGAAACUUGAACAACCUUUUAGCCACCCUUCCUUGAGCCCUCUCUCCCAUAAGCCUCAUUACUGUUAUCAUUCCGGUGUAGUUCUCACACGUCCCUUAAGAAAACUGGGGCUCAUAUGGGAGCAUGACUUGUUGUUUGCCAACGUGUUUCACGCACGAUUUAAUGUGCCGGGGGAGUGUCGGCCACAUGUAUCUACAGUCUUGUUCAUUGUUGAAGGGAACAUCAUCCAGUGGGCCAACCACCUCUCUAGGCUUAUGUAGCUCCAGGUUGGCAGAUGCACUGACAUGCUUCACGCGUGUUUAAGAAGCAAUGGGUGUCAUCUGCUGUAAGUCGUCUGGUGCAUAUGAGGGAUCAUUUGCACUUACCACAGAGGGGCAUUCGCAUGUGCCCUUCAGCAGUGAACCUCACUGCAUGGUUUCUUUGAAGUACUGCCAUACUAUAAAGGGGCCCUAUGACUGGUUAACUAAAUUGCUAAUUACCUCGCAUAUGCAAAUGCACUGCCUCAUGAAGACUCCCUUUCUCAACAAAGGGAGUCUUGACAGAGGUGCUUUGCAGGAAUAACAUCACUGGAAACCUAAGCCUAACCUGCCCACUGUGAUUGCCCAGUGAAUAUGGUUUUGCCGAACUUGCUGAGCUUAGGGUCGAGGGCUCGAUCUCGGCCACGGUGGCUGCAUUUCGAUAGGAGCGGAAUGCAAAAACGCUUGUGGAUUGUGCAUUGGGUGCACAUUAAAAAACCCCAGGUGGCCAAAAUUUACCCGGAGCCUCCCACUUCGACAUGCCUCAUAAUCUGAUUGUGGUUUAGGCAAUUAAAACGCCAGAGUUAAAUUAAUUUAAAAUAAAUUUGCCCUCUUCAGUACCCAAAAGCAUUUCCUUGAAGGUGUUUCGUUGCUUUCUGUAGUUCUGCGAGUGUGCUGUUUGCAUUCAAGGCUCUCCACCAACAAGUGCUGUCUUGUGCAUUCAUUGCUUCUUGUCAUUCGUGGUAUGGUGGAAGGUGUUUUUGGUGCAGGAAGCACUCCGCUCAGUAGUUCAAACAAAACAGCUUCGCAGGGAGAUGAAGACUUGUGAUCGAGCGGUCGAACAGGUGAUUUAUCAGAUAGCCAGAGACGACGUUUCGCCAAGGCGACUUGACUUUGUUGGGGCAACAACUGCUUCGUACCAUGAGGAAUUGUUGCACUGAUGUAGGGGGCAAGUUCCUUUGUUGAAACAUCGGAUUCAGCUACCUGAGACAUCCCCUGUUCGACCACUGAUGAUCAACUUCACUCAAUCAGAGGUCGUUAGACUGCACUUUCUCUCCUGUUCUUUUUUAUUCUACAUAUCAGAUUUUUGGCAUGCAUGCAGCCUAUUAUGCGUGUCUGGUUUGACUUCUCCACUGCUCCCAUUUUUUAUUCCUGUUGAACAGGUAUUUGUUUCCCGCACUUCAUUGCACACUGUGGCAUCAAUCAUUCAAAACAUCUAGAAAACAUGGUCCCUAGUGGUUAUUAUAGUGCCCCAUGAUGCCCCUGUGCAGUUCUGACUAGCGUGCCAGCCUAUCCUGUUUCAUAAGGGGAUGGCUUUGCUACGAUAAAGCACUUCAACAGUAGAAUCACAUUAAUAUGUCUUUCGAGGAGCUGCACAGAAUGGCUGUAACAGAUGUUAAAAUCUAAUUACUGAGAAAGCCAGCAGCCGAAGGACUGGGACUCGGCAGCAGGGACCAGGAAAGCUAAUGCAGCAACCAGGAAAAUGCAGCAAUGUGGAAAACGGUUCCACCAUAUGAGUACACAUUAACCCCUCUCUGAUCACAUGUCACAGCUCAUAACCUUGUCAGCAUGGUGGGGGCAACUUGAAAAACUACAUAGGAUAUGCAUACAAGACAUGUUCACUGGGUGAUGGAGACCAAGUGAUUAACUGUAGUGGAACAAAGUAACCCUCAGGCUGAAGCUAUUGUUUCUAAAAAGACACUUGCCUUUGUCAGGUCAUAAAGAAAAGGGGUGUUAUGGGGCGCCCUCUGGCUAAGUGUAGUGUAAACAUGCAUCGGUACUCGUGUGCAGCAUGUUAACAAUAACUGAUGCCAUUCAUAGUCUAGCAACAAUAUCAUGCGUGGUUGCCUCAGAUUGUGCCAUGCUCGCUACCAGGUACGUAAAAGCCAGAAUGGGAAUUGUUCAGUAAGGGGAAUUGUCUUCAUCAGGGACUGAUGCAAAUAGGUUCCCUUGUUGAAAUGCUGGCUACAGCUUGAGGAUUUCCCUGUUUGGCUGCUGUUGAUAGCUGUGUGAAACAUUGUCUGUUGUGGCCACGUGGCCUUGUGGCCACGUACUUCUGCUUCAUGCAGUGAUCUUAUGUCUGGUGCAGUUUAUUAUGUUGAAAAGACCGUUGCAGGGCCCCUUUAAUUAUGGCACGAAGUGGCGUGCCUCAACGGUGCACCGUUAUAGCAGAUGUUUCUAUUCAGAGAUGUACCUUUGUAAUGCAGUGUUAAGAGCAGGCACUUUGCCAUUUGUUUCUACACGGUGCUGAUAACACUUGAUGUGGGCAUGCACUGUGUCCCGAAUAUGUUGCAUAGUCAGAAAAAAACAACUGCAGUAUGUUUUGGGGGAUGAAAGAAAGUCUUUUUUUUUAUCUUAUGUAAUGAGUUGCUCUCCAGUGUUUUCUUUUAAAAUAUUGACGAGCUGGUAUAUAAAAUAUUCUUGUGUUCACGUGAUGGCUGGGGCUCAUCUGAGUGCCUCAUUAAUCUCCACAUUUUUCAGCACAUCACACUAAGUGUAGCCAUUACUCUCAGUUCACUCUUGCUGCUCUGUAUUUUAAGCUCUUGCAGCACUUUAUGAGUAAUAAUGAGUGGAUUGAAAUAUCGUGUAUCAGUCCUUGCUGUUGUUGUGUGCUGAUGCGCAGAAAUGUCACAACUCGCCCGUGUGCACUAAAGAUUGUACAUAACUUUGUGCUGUGAGAGCGCAUGCCAGACUGCUAAAUCUUGUCAAGAUGUCCUUGUUGGUCAUUCAUGGCAUACUUUUACACUGCAGAAGACAAAACAUAUGAGAAGAAAAGACAACACGACUGCUGAUAUUGAGAAAAACAAAAACUAAUUGAAAGUGUUCUGAAACCUCCGUUAGCAUUUCAAGUCCACACCUUGUUUAGUCUUUAAUUGAAAAUUUGUUCAAUACAUGUGCUUGUGUUUCUAGGUGUCUUUCUGGUUCAUGUUUUCUGCACUGUAAAAGUGCAUUAUAAUCCACGGAUUAAUAAGAAUGCCUGGAUGCCGACCACAUCGAAUGCUUUCUAUAAUGUUCUGCCCAAGUUCUUAGUUUUUGACUCCAGAAAAUGUUUUUGAAAGGUAUGCUUCUACUGUAUGAAUUGUGCCAGCCAGUGUGAGCUUUCUGCAAGGCAGGGUAUCCGCAGAGUUUUACCACAGUGCUAAACUUGCCAGCAUAUCAAAACGCAAUGUCACUAUGCGUGUUAGUAUUUCAUACCUCAGAUCUUCUUGUUGAUCCAUGCGGGCUUAAAACAAAGUAAAAAAAAAAUUAAUAAGCACAGCCUAUAAACCAAUGCAUAAAAAGCUUUCUGGGCGGGGUAGAGCAGAGGAGCCUAUUUUAGGAUUUGAAGAUGAAGUCUCACAUGCCAAUGGUUGAAAGCUCACCUACAUUGAUCAUUCAGGAAAAUGUGAUGUACUUAAUGCUAAACAAUGUUUUUGAACAAUUAGAUCAUAAAUGAGGUUCCAGGAUUCCCGUGCAGCAUUGCAUAAAAUAGGUCAAGAUAGGGGACAAGCUUUAGUACAGAAAUUGUGGGAGGAAUGGCAAUGAAAAGACAUAAUUUGCAAUUUCUAGCUUUUUAUCCUUCUGUUAGUAAAACAUGUAUUCUGGUUUGAUGUCAUUUCAACCUAACACAAUAUGAUCACAUGGUGUCUACCAAAUGCUCUGUGACCAUGUUUGUUUGGUUAUGCCAGAGUAAAGGUAGGGACUUUGUAUAUACAAAGUUUCUUUAAAGCAUUUCCUCUCUUCUCACAUAAUUUUUUGCUCUAAUGUGAUUUAUAUUUUUUGCUAUUUUAUUAUUCUAAAAGUUCCUCACUAAAUAUUUUGUUGUCUUGCAGAAUAUUUCCUUUUUUUUUAGCUUAAGAGUCACCUACUUAGUUUCAUUGGCAAGUCGAUUGGUAUCCUUUAGACUUGCAUCACAGAUAUAAAUCGGUGGAGUACAUUGUGUUCUACUUGUCAAAUUAAUGUGCGAGAGCGAGGGCAUGCUAUUGAUGGACAUUGGAAACAACUGCACCCGUCGUAAAAGAUUCCCCCCUUGGUGCUAAUGUAAACACUUCUUUGCGUUCUGACACUGUCAAGCUGUUAAGAUUGUAUUGUGUGUCGAGGUGUACCAGGAAGCGUUGGUUGGAAUUGGGAGCAUGCAAUGUUCCAGGUUCGAGGGUGCUAACGACUGGAUGGUAUUACGACAUUGUCACUGAGAAUCCACAAUGCUUUGUGUCAUUUGCCAAGUUUCUGUCUCGUCAGACGUAAUUUUAAACAAAAGAUAUGUGUAGUAGCACAAGAAAAAAGAAAAAAACAAAUUCUCUACUCUCCCCCGCCGGCCACAUUCUGAACUGUACGUCUGCGUCCCAAAGUGAAAUCCUGGUAUUAGUGACAUGUGCACAGGCUUGUCACAUACUACCAAUAGUAUAUAUAAAUAUAUACAAAUAUGUGUAUCUAUAUAUAUAUAAAUAUAUUGUGUAUACUCCCAAGCCUACAUGCAAACAGGACAUGUAGCUGUGUGAGCCCUGUCUGCAACGGUUUCCGGUUGACCUUCAAGUAGUGAACAAUGAAUGACUAGUCAUUGCCUGUUCCAAACUGUAGCUAUAACAUCUCUGUUUCUUAACACAGAUAUAUGCUGUCCUCUCUUUCCUCCCCCCCUCCCCUUUCCCUUCUUUCUUUACUCUGCUGUAGCCUCUUUAAGCGAAUAAAUUUAAAUUUUGCCAUUUUUA